AUGUCAUAUUCAACAGGUGUUUCUUCAAUAGAUCAAAAACAACAGCUACAUCACAGAAUAAAAUUUGGUAGUCGAGAUGAGGUAGAAAUAGAUGAAAUAAUUGAAAAAACAUCAAAUUUAAAAAUCGAUCAAAAGAGAAAACAACUUAAUUUGUCAACUAUAUUUAUAAAGUAUCUUAAUCCAUUGCUAUUAACAUUUCUAUCUGCUUUUAUUAGACUAUACAAAAUUGAAGUUGCAGAUGGAGUAAUUUGGGAUGAGGCACAUUUUGGAAAAUUUGGUUCACAUUAUUUGAAAAGAGAAUUUUAUUUUGAUGUUCAUCCACCAUUAGGUAAAUUGUUAGUUGGAUUAUCUGGUUAUUUAUGUGGUUACGAUGGGAAUUUUGAAUUUGAAAGUGGAAAUAAAUACAAGGGUAUAAAUUAUGUGUUUAUGAGGGUUUUCAAUUGUUUUUUUGGGAUUUUAGUUACUCCAUUAGUAUACAAGACUUCCCUUGUGCUUGGAUAUAAUCAAUUAACUUGUUGGUUGAUUAGUUUAUUGGUUGUGUUUGAACAAUUGAGUUUAACAUUGAGUAAAUUUAUAUUGUUGGAUUCAUUUUUACUAUUUUUCACUGUUUUUGCUUAUUACUGUUUGAUCAAUUUACAAUCCUUGAAUUUUAAAGAUAGAUUGUUAACUAAAGAAGGAAUAAAAUGGUGCAUAUUGACUGGUGUGUCUAUUGGUUGUGUUUGUUCAGUCAAAUGGGUUGGAUUAUUUGUUACAUUAUUAAUCGGGGGAUAUAUCAUAGUUGAUUUACUUUAUAAAUUUUAUCAGACAAGUAAAGUUAUAUCAUAUAAAACAUAUAUCUUACAUUGGUUAGUCAGAAUAAUUACCUUAAUUUUCAUACCAUUAGUGAUCUACAUGACUUGUUUUAAAAUUCAUUUUUCAGUUUUGAAUCAUACCGGUCCAGGAGAUGGUUCAAUCUCAACAUUACUACAAGCAUCUUUAAUUGGUAAUGAUUUACAAUCUGGUCCUAGAUCAGUUGCUUUUGGUUCUUUAGUUACUAUUAGAUCUCAAGGCUUAUCUCCCAACUUGUUGCAUUCACAUCCUCAUACUUAUCCAGAAGGUUCUCAACAACAACAAGUAACAACAUAUGGAUACAAAGACGCAAAUAAUGAAUUUUUGAUUGAGUUUGAUAUCGAACAUGGAUUGAAAGAAAUUUAUGCAACUUUAGAAGGUAGUGAUACAAAUUAUAAACAAUUUAUCUUAAAUAAAGAUACAAUUAGAUUAAUUCAUAAAAAUUCAAAUUGUUAUCUUAGAGCUAAUUCAUUAAAAGCUCCAAUAACUGAUGCAUUAGAAGUUUCGUGUUUUGGAGAGACUGAAAAUAAUGAAUUAUCAGAUGAAUGGAUAAUUGAAAUUCAACAUCAAGAUAAAUCACCAAGUCCAAAUUUUCAAAAUGAGUCAAUAAAUGAAGUACAUCCAAUUUCAACUAGUUUCAGAUUGAAACAUAAACAAUUAGGUUGUUAUUUAGCUACUACUGGGAAAUCAUUACCUUCUUGGGGAUAUCAACAAGGAGAAGUGGUUUGUAAAUAUUCAUUGUUCAACAAGGAUAAAAACACAUGGUGGAAUAUUGAAAAGCAUCUGAAUGAAUAUUUGGAAUUACCAAUUGAUUAUAUCCCACCAAAACCUAAAUUUUGGAAAGAAUUUUUAUUAUUAAAUUAUGGAAUGAUGGCUUCAAAUAAUGCUUUAAUGCCAGAUGGGGAUAAAUUUGAUAAAUUGAGUUCAGAAUGGUGGGAAUGGCCAAUUAUGAAUUCUGGAUUGAGAAUGUGUGGAUGGGGAGCAACUGAUGUUAAAUACUUUUUACUUGGAAAUCCAGUUAUAACAUGGGCUUCGACUGCUUCUUUAGGGAUCUUUUUAAUAUAUUUGGUGAUUAUUGGACUUAGAUAUCAACGACAAAGUUAUGAAAUGAAUUCAUUACAAUGGAAUAAAUUAUUAAGUCGCGGUUUGCUUCCCUUGUUUGGUUGGUUUCUUCAUUAUUUCCCAUUUAUAAUUAUGGGUAGAGUUAAAUAUUUACAUCAUUAUGCUCCUGCUAUUUUUUUUGCUAUAUUUGUAACUGGAUUUUUAUUUGAUAAAUUAAAUUACUUGCCUAAAAAAUUAUCAAUGGUCUGUUUUUUAAUUUUGUACAUAGUUUUAUUUGUCAGUUUUUGGCAUUUUAAACCAUUGGCUUUUGGAAUGGAAGGUCCUUCUAAAAAUUUUGCAUAUUUGAAAUGGUCAAAUACUUGGAUGAUUUAA